AUGAUGAUGAAAAGAGGAGGAACAAAGAGAAAGAUUGAGAUUAAGAAACGCGACACUAAACAACAACGCUCAGUGGCUUGCAGCAAACGCCGUCAAACUCUCUUCUCCAAAGCCGCUGAUCUCUGCCUUCUCUCCGGAGCCAACAUUGCCGUCUUCGUAACCUCCCUGGCAGAGAACUUCGAUGUCGUUUACUCCUUCUCCGGCUACUCUCCUGCCUCUGAAAUUGCUGACUGUUACUUCAACGGCAAGUCUCCACCGAAGAUUACUAACCCCCAAACCAAGCUAGGGUUUUGGUGGGAAGACCCUGAUCUCUGUGAAUUAAAGAUGAUCGUGGAUCUUAUGAUGAGAACGAAGAAGCAUCUGAAGGAUUGCCUUGACAAGAAAGAAAAAUCACAAUUUGUUUCCAAUUCUGAUCAAAACCCUAGCUCCUCUGCUUCUCUCGACGAAAACCCAAAGUCCUCGACUCCAUCUUCCUGUGAUGAAAUUGCAUCUUUCUUUCUUUUUUGA